UUUUGUAGUUUUCCAUGUUUUUCUCGCACGAAAAAAUGGAAUUAAGCCACUAAACAUUCCAAAAAAUGACUUUUAGCGACCUAAGUUACUGUAAAUCGACUAAUAGAAACAUUGUUAACAUGUAAAAAAUUGUUAAACGCAGUGAUAAACGGCACAAAACGUACUUAAAAGUAAAUUCCUAAGUAAAUUUAGUAGAUGAAAAAAAUUAAAAGAGACGAAAAAUGAAGGAAAUCCCGACAUUCAACAUUUUCCUGUACUUGUUGACGAUUUUGGCGUUCACAUCAUCCGUGGAUUUAGACAACAUUUGUCCCGAGCGGUUUCCUGAGGUCUUUCAAAAGGCAGCUCCGAUCGGGAACAAUUCUGCCGGAAAAAUCACGGGACUGAAUCAAACGACUGUAAAUACGCUCGAUUUGUGCGUCGAAAGUUGCUGCAAGAGCGUCGAAGAGUGCAAUGUUGUAUUUUUUUACAAUAAAACUUGUUACCACGUCAUGUGCCAGACGAACGAAAUUUGUCUCCCGCUGAAACGGAACAACAUUAAGCAGGAUUUAUCGAUGGUGCUCAUCAAGCCAGUCACGGGAAGCGAUCCAUGGGAACUUUCCUUGCGAAAAUUCAAGUUGCAGCAAGAACUGGAGUUGCAAGAGGCCCAAAAUGAGGCGGCUUUGUCGCGAAAACGCAUCAACGACGUGUUAUCGGGCUACGGGCAGUUUGUGGAUCCCGACACGGAACUGCUGGAGCGAAAAUUGAAAGAUAUUUACAAGAAUUACGAGACAAAUUUCCCGGGAGAACUGCAAUAUGGGGAUUUAGAGGGCGAGGAAAGUCGUCGCAUCACGGAAGUCGAUGCUGUGAAGCCGUGCACAAUUGGCGGAAAAAAUAUCUGUUCGCGUUUUGAAGUUUGUCGCCGAUUUCGGGAGGAACAAGGACGCGGAUAUUGCGAAUGUAUUCUCGGAUAUCAGCGAGAUCAAAAUAACCGAUGUGUCAAAGUCAAACAUUUGCUGGGCGAGGCAAUUGCUGAACGACUAAUGAUGAAAAGUGACCUCGACGAAGCCGGAAAUGACGCUGAAAGUAACGUCGAAGACUCGAAAGAGCAAGUUCCGAUCCCGAAUGACAAGAAAAAAAUCCUUACGGUGUCAGUUGCGUCGAAAUUACUGAAGUUGCCGGAAAAUGAGGUGACUUUGGCAGCUUUUGUCAUUCCAAAUGAGAAAACAAGCAACGAUAAGUAUUCCUAUUUGUGGACUUUGAUCUCACAACCGAAGCCAAAUUCGAAUGGAACGAUAGAGGAUGCUUCGACGGAUCAAAUUCGACUCACAAAUCUCUCGGAGGGCACGUAUCAGUUCAAAUGUCAGGUCACGGGAACCUAUUAUUAUGGAGAAGCAUUGGCAAAUGUGACAGUUUUGCCAGCAAAUCGCAUCAAUAAGGCGCCGCAAGUCAUGAUAACGCCUUCUUAUCAAACCGUAAAAUUACCAAAUCAUCGUGGAAUUUUGGAUGGCAGCGGAAGCACUGACGACGGAAAAAUCGAAUCCUACACUUGGGAAAUCAUCUCUGCCCCCAUCGGAUAUCAAUCCACGCAGCUCGCCACGAACAUGUUACAUUCCUCGAUGCUCCAAAUCGACAAUUUAGAGCUCCCUGGCAACUAUACGUUCAAACUAACGGUCGAAGAUAGCGAACAAAAGUCCAAUUCAACCACAGCAACGAUCGAGGUGCUCAAAGAAAUCGAUUACCCACCAAAUGCCAAUGCAGGCACCGACAUAAUUGUCUACUACCCCCAAACAAAUGUCACGUUAAACGGCAGUCUCAGCACCGACGAUCACGAAAUCACGGCAUGGGAAUGGACCAAAGACUCUUCCACGGAUCAAUCGAAGCCUGUUGACAUGACACUCACUCGCAGCCCAUAUUUGCAGCUAUCCAACCUCGAAGUUGGCGUCUAUACGUUCCUGCUAAAAGUCAUGGAUGCCAAAAAUCAAAGCUCGACAUCAAAAGUUCGUGUUUUUGUGAAACCUGCGCUGACGAAUGAACCAAAUGCUGUCACCGGAUCCAACCAAACGAUCAUUUUACCGCAAAAUUGGGCCCUUUUGAAUGGCACCGAGUCAACGGAUGACGUCAAAAUCGAACGUUUCGAGUGGAAACAACUUGCUGGUCCAAGUGAAUCGAAUAUCGUGAACGCAUCCAUGCCUUUUGCCAAUGCCACGGGUCUCAAAGUGGGGCGUUACAUGUUCCAAUUGACCGUUUUUGAUAAUUUGAACAACAAUGCGAGUGCAAUAACGAACGUCACGGUCAAACAGGAGCAAAAUACGCCGCCAAUCGCCAAUGGAGGAGGCGAUCAAACCGUAACUUUACCAAUUUCCGUGGUAAUUUUGAACGGAAGUCGCUCCUCGGACGACUUGGAGAUCACAAAAUGGCUGUGGGAGCGUGACGGAACCUCAUUAGCGAUGGGAACAAUCAUCGGAAAUACCAGCAACGAGCCGGUAUUGAUGCUAACGAACGUCGUUCCCGGCAGAUAUGUCUUCAAACUGACUGUUAGUGACGAACAGGGACUCACAAAUUCCGAUACAGUGUCGAUUUUCGUAAAUCCCGACCCAUUGGCUUUGAAUUUAGUAGAACUGACCCUCACAAUGGAAGCAAAUUUCUUGCGACAAUCGGAAUUGGACUUUAUUUUGCAGAAAGUCAUGUUGUUGCUGGGUGACGACAUCAAAGUUACUGUCCGAGACUUGAAGGUAGACCAAAAAACGGGGAAACUUAUUUGUAUUUUUUAUGCAACGAAGGGCAAUGAACAAAAAUCCAUCAUUAUGCCUGCUAUUGACGUGGAAAGAAUUCUAAAAGAAAAAUUAUUACGUGAUUUUACGAUUAUUGGACCAUCUGUGUUGGAAGUUCGAACAUCUAUUUGUCAAAAUAACUGUUCCGGUCAUGGAGUUUGUAACAGCCAAACGCGCGUUUGCAUGUGCGAUUCCUUUUGGUUGCCGGAUCUUUGGUACUUUUUAGGUGUCGAGGAAGCCAAUUGCAAUUGGUCCAUCUUGUACGUCGUCGUUGGUGUCGCCUUUACCUUCGUUCUGAUAUCCGGAGUCUGUUUUGCCAUCACCUACUUCUGUCGGAGACGUUCUUCCGUUCGAAAAUCAUCUUCUAGGUCACGUCGUGCCCCGCAAAAGUACACGCCGCUCGAUACGCAUGAAGAAGAUACAGCAAAUAAUUACUUGCGAAAUAGCGUUAAUACCUUUUCGGAAGAGUCAGAUGAGUCCGAAUCCGACAUCUUGUUUGAGACCCGAAGUCGCAACGGGAUCCUAAAAUCCAAUGGAGACACGAGUAAAUCCAACGGGAAGUACUCGAUGACCCGUUUGGGACGCAAAAUUAAGACAUAAUGUGAUUUUUUUAGUUUAAUUUUUUUUUUACCACAACACAAUAUUCCAAAGAGAACAAAUUUCUUUAUAAUUUGCCAUUGUCGUACAUUUUACGUUCCUGGUUCGUAGAACAUAAGAAUUUUUAGUCGUAAGGAAGUUUAUAAAAAGGAAAAUAAACAAAAUC